GCGGCAAGAAGUGGGUUCCCUUCUCCGUCAGCGUGGUGUCCCUGGGUGUCGAGCUCCAGCUGGAGGACGUCUGGCAUGGAAGCAUCACCGUUGCAAACAAGCCUGGGCGCAUGGACAGGAUCAGGCAAAUCAUGCAACCGCUGGCUGAAGGCGCUGUGGCCACGAUGGCGACUGUGGCCAUGCUUCACGGGCUGCUGAAUUUCGCAGGAGGCCAAGUGAUGGGGUUUGAGCUCAAGCCAGCGGCACGACUCUUGUCAAAGCUGCUGGGUGGCGAAGCCGCUCAGGCGAACAAGGGCGUGGCCAGGGCCUGCAGGUUGGCGCUGGAUGUUAUGGUUAUGUGCCGGCCGCGGAAAUGCCCUGCCGCGAUGCAUCCGCCCGUGGUCAUCUACACAGACGGAGCCUGCGAGAAGGAUGAGGGUUCUUGGGGAGCCGUGGUGGUGGACCCGCUCAGUGGUGCGCGAUGGUCGCUCGCUGGUGUGAUUCCCGUUGAGCUGAGGGAAUACUGGAUUCGAGCUGCCGGUGAACAGAUCAUCUGUCAGGUCGAGGCCUAUGCGGUUGUGACAACUUUGUACGCUCUCAGAGGGCUGGCGGUCGGACGAGGCGUGAUCCAGUCGCUUCAAAAAGCAACCCCGCUGACCUUCCUUCGAGAAAUGACAGACAAGGACGACGUUGCGUUGACGCGUGAGAUGCUUUGCUUCCUGAAGGAUGACUGCUACGACACCACCAGAGCCCGGGCCAUAGCGAGCGCGGUUCGGUGGGAGAGCGAUUGGUUGCGUGGCCCUUUCCAAUAG